AUGCCUUCAGGAAUGGGCACCGAUCCACAGUGCGUACUGUCCUUGCCUUCCCGCCCAAUCACCACCUGUUCCUUACCCAUUCUAACCACACGCCCAAUCCANGACAAGAAGCCCAAGAAGGCUGCCAAGGACGAGGACGAGGAUGAUAUUGCCUUCAAGCAAAAGCAGGCUGCUGACAAGAAGGCCCGCGAGGAGAUGGCCAAGAAGGCUGGCGGCAAGGGCCCCUUGAACACUGGUGGUCAGGGCAUCAAGAAGAGCGGCAAGAAAUAA